UCACAUCUAGUUGUUGUUUUGGAAUUAUUGCGUUUUGUUUUGCUACCGGUUUGCGUACAUUAAUAAUCAAUUCUGCGUUUUAUAUCAGUAAAACAUGCAGAUGUCUGAGUUAAAAAGCGGGUUUAUAUUUGUAAACUAGGCCUUGCGGGACCUCGGUCUUUCUCGCGGAUUUCAGCCGGGAUGAUGCGCAUGGUUCUCGGUUAAAAAGGCGACACUCCACACUCGAUGCCAAAUGGAGGAAAGUACCAGGUGCCGGGUUUAACUGCAGCGUAAGCCUAGAGGAUUUUCCCAUGUGUACCUUGUUUGGGUGAAUGUGGCACAUACUGGAAUUCUGACUGAGUUUCACUCAUCGACCUGGACCAUUGUAUACGUCCACACUUUAAAACCAAGGACACUGUGGUGCCUCAACAAGAUCAAGCUGAAUCAUUUCUUUCUGCUGAAAUAGUCUGUCCACCACUUCAGUAUGGCGUCUGUUCCUGUGUACUGUUUGUGCCGACUUCCUUACGAUGUCACACGCUUUAUGAUUGAGUGUGAUGUUUGUCAAGAUUGGUUUCAUGGAAGUUGUGUUGGAGUGGAAGAGGAUAAAUCAGCAGAUAUUGACCUGUAUCACUGUCCUAACUGUCAAGUGACACAUGGACCCUCUGUCAUGCGUAAGCGACGUGGAACCUCUAAGCAGUCUGAUGGCUCGGGAAGCAGGAGAGAUUCAGGGCGACCUGUAAAGACAGGCAGUGCCCAGUUUGUCAGGGAGUUACGGAGCCGCAAUUUUCCAAGUGCUGAUGAUGUUCUACUAAAGCCGACUGGAGCUCAGCUCACUGUCGACUUCCUGGAGGAGCGCUCCUUCAGCGUUCCAGUGCUGGUUUUAAGAAGGGAUGGACUGGGCAUGAGUCUGCCCCCUGCGUCUUUCUCUGUGUCUGAUGUGGAGCAUUAUAUCGGUAGCGAGAAAGAAAUCGAUGUGAUUGACGUGAUCCGGCAGGCAGACCUGAAGAUGAAACUUGGGGAAUUUGGUGAAUAUUAUAACAGCCCCAACAGAGACAGAGUGCUUAAUGUUAUAAGCCUGGAAUUUUCAGAUACCAGGUUAUCUAACCUGGUCGAGACACCAAAGAUUGUAAGAAAGCUAUCAUGGGUGGAAAACCUCUGGCCAGAGGAGUCAGUGUUCGAGAGGCCGAAUGUACAGAAAUACUGCCUCAUGGGCGUGAAGGACAGCUACACAGACUUCCACAUCGAUUUUGGUGGAACUUCUGUGUGGUACCAUGUGCUACGGGGUGAGAAGAUAUUCUACCUAAUCCGCCCAACACCUGCUAACCUGGCACUGUUUGAGUGCUGGAGUUCUUCCUCCAAUCAGUAUGAGCUCUUCUUUGGGGACCAAGUAGACAUGUGCUACAAAUGCUCACUCAAGCAGGGAAAUACUCUCUUUAUCCCAACUGGGUGGAUCCAUGCAGUUCUUACUCCUGUUGACUGCCUGGCGUUUGGUGGAAAUUUCCUUCACAGCCUCAGCAUCGACAUGCAGCUUCGAGCAUAUGAAAUAGAGAAGAAACUGAGCACCGCAGACCUGUUUAAGUUCCCUAACUUUGAGACGGUGUGCUGGUACGUUGGCAAGCACCUGCUCGACACCUUCAGAGGUCUGAGGGAAAAUCGCCGUCAUCCUGCCUCUUAUCUGGUCAAUGGAGCCAAGGCUCUAAAUAAUGCUUUUCGAACCUGGACACGCAAAGAGUCCUUGGUAGACCAUGAGGAUGAGAUUCCAGAAAACAUUAAUACUCAACAGCUGGUGAAAGACCUUGCAAGAGAGAUUCGGCUUGUAGAGGAUAUUUUCCAGCAUAACAUAAACAGAAGUGGAGCUCCCUUCGGUGGACCACAGGCCCCUCCAACUCUUCACCCCAAAGCACCAUUAACCACUCCCCUCACCUCCGGCAGACCCCCAGGUAAAAAGCGAGGCCCCAAACCCAAGGACGGGGUCGGAGGUGGGGGCGUCGGUCCUCCUGGGGUCAAGAAAAAGGGACAGAAGAUUAAGAUGGAGGCAGGAGAGUUAGAUCUGCUAGAGAUCCAUACUAAACACACCAUGAAGAAAUUUCAGCCAGGAAAUAAAGCCAAGAACAAAAGCAAGAUGGAGCUUUCUGGUGCCUGUGAAGAGGACUUUGAAGGGAAAAUCAAUAAGAGCAAGCUCAAACUGGUUCUGACCAAUGGCAAGAUACAAGGGAAAAAGGGGGGACGCUUAGGCAGCACUAAUGGUGCAGGUCACACCGCUCAGUUCCAGCCUCUAACAAGCAGCUCGGCUCUGUCUUCAGACUUUGACUCUGAAGAUGAGCUCCAGAUUGAUGAAAGUCCCCCACCUCGCCGCAGGCCAUCCCUACCUAGCAAAAAGAAACUGCCUGUUGGUCUUCCCAGGAAGCUACCACGAGCCAAACCGUGCUCUGACCCACACAGAGUCAGAGAGCCUGGUGAGGUGGAUUUUGACAUUGAAGAGGACUACACGACAGACGAAGAGAUGAUUAAUGUGCAGGGAAUAAAGGCUGGAGCAGGAGGAAUUCUGGAUUUGCUUAAGGCCAGCAAACAGGUGGCUGGUCUUGACCGGGGUCUCAGCGAGGAAGCACCAGCCUCUCCCAGUACCCGCGAUGCUAUCCAAGGCAUGCUGUCCAUGGCCAAUCCCCCUUCUUCUUCAUCCUCUUCCUCCUCCUCCUCCUCUUCCUCUUCUUCAUCCUCCUCUCCGCUGUCUAUGUCUGGAGAGGGCGAGAGGCUGGGGGCCAUGAAGAACAAAGUCAGGAGGGCGAUGUGGGCCGGUGCUGCAGAAAAGAAGACUGAGAAGAGAACCACCAUUCAGAGGCCAGGCAAGCGAACCAUCAAACGGCCUAAACACCUCAGCGACGAGGACAGCACGGAUGAGCAGGAGACGCUGGGCACCUGUUUCAAAGACUCAGACUAUGUGUACCCUUCCUUAGAGUCUGACGAGGAGGAUCACACAAAGUCCAAAAUGAAAAGAAAAAGGAACUGGGAUGAUACACCAUGGAGCCCUAAAGCUCGAGUGACUCCCACACUGCCUAAGCAGGAACGGCCGGUGCGGGAGGGUGUCCGGGUCGCCUCGGUGGAGACCGGUCUCGCUGCAGCUGCUGCCAAACUGGCACAACAGGAGCAGCAGAAAACCACGACUAAGAGAAAAUACACGAAAAAGAAGAUCCCUCAAGAGAAAGUACACCCAGCAACUUCUCACCUCCAGCUGCAGCCAGAUUCUGGCCCGAUGUCGCCUCCACUGCCCUCUGAGCCUCCAUUGGACUGUAUCACAGAGGAGAGACGAGUCGAGACAUACUCAGCCAGCCUGCUGGACCAUGAAUACACAGCAGGACCGGGCCCUUUUGGCCCAGGUGGCCCCAGGGGAAGCGCUGCCAUGGCUCCAGGCGUGUUCCUUACCUCCAGGCGACCUUCUCUUUCCCCACAGAACAGCAGCAGCUACUCUCCGUCUGCACCCUCACCCGCCGGGAUGGCAAGCCCCGGGGCUGCUGGGGCAGGACAAGGAAAACGUCCAAAGAAAGGACUUGCCACAGCUAAACAGAGACUGGGGAAGAUUUUAAAAAUACAUCGCAACGGCAAGCUUCUUCUGUAAAGGACGCUGGGAAAGGUGAGAGUUUGUGAUCUGCUCAGGAGCAACGGAAAAGUGGGAAUAACCGAUUCGCUGAAGGAUGUGGAAGAGCGUUGCAGCUGUGUGACUGUAUUUGAGGAAAAAAGAGCGAGAAAGACUGAUUUUACUGUUAUGAUUGUGACUGUUGUGACUGUUUUAUGUAAAAUAUUCUAUUUGUCAUUUUAAAGCUCAAUACCUCCUUUUUUUAGCAUGCGUUUUUAUUACUCGUUUAUUUAACUUUUAGUUAUCGUCUUCAAUUAAUGUCCUAUUACGUUUUGUUUGCAUUUUGUAAGAAUAUAGAAGCUCUUCAGCACUUGCGGGGCUCCAGUCUUCAUCGCUGUAAUAUUAUUUAUAGACUGCUUAUUAGAUAUGUAAAUUGGUUGAAUUGUAAACUAGAUGUUUGCGGUCAGUAGCAGUGAAUUAUGAAGCUCUGUUUUUUCUACUUUAACAAAGGUUUUCAUUUUCAUGUGAUGAUAAAGCCUGGACAGUAAGUCGCAGGCAGGAGUGGUCGAUACGCCGAGAAGUGUAUGCCAUCCAUUAGUUUUUGUAACGCCAGCAAAAGUCUGUGAUUUGUUUGUGACAAACUGUUAAAUAAAAAAAAUAGAUUAAAUAAAAGGACAGUUUUUAGUAAAAAGUUGAAUUAAAAAUGCAGGUGGCCUAGUGUUGACAUUGACAGCAAUACCUUCAGACGUACUUUGUGAUUAUUAACAACAUCCCUGUAUUGACCCCCACCCCCAUGUGCAAUCAAUUAAAAUAAUUGAUAUAUGACAAGGCAAGAUUUACUCUCAGCCAUACGGACGUUUUUCUUUUAGACACUGCAACAGUAAAAUAGUUCUAAAUUCUUACAUACAGUUAAUGAUUGAUGUCUUUAUUAAGUGUCAAAGCCCAAAGCUACAUUCGAGUUGUUAGGCUGAGCUCGAAUUGCCAGUGAAAAUCCAGGCGGGUCUAAAAUGACUCUCAUCUGGCCUUUAGGCUAGCAAAGCUUUCUAAAAAGUCUUGGAUCGUUUUGAGAUUCCACAUAGGAAUUUAGAGUAUGAAUAGAGAGAAGAAUAGAUAAUAAGUUUGUUCAGGAGUCUGUUGUGCAUACAAGGACGUUUUUGCCAUCCAUCAGAAAACAUUCAUAUUUGUUGCUGAUUUGUCACAGACAGUGAGCUGGUGUUUGCCCCACAUGAUUAGUAGACUUGCAUUAAAAAAAAUGCUUUUCUUCAUAAUACUGUCUGGGUUUGCCUUCCUGUCUCCAUCUUAAACACAGUGGCUUACGAAUAUCUUAGUAGCUGCAAUUGUUUAAUAUUCUUUUAAUUUUUUCAUCAAUCUACUGCUGAAAUUAUUAGUCUUCAAGUUUAAACAUACCAAAGGUUUGUUACACUGUCUAGCAAUUAUUGUGACACUUGUUAGCUUUUGCUGUAGUAAAUAAGUACAUGUAGUAAAUAAUAUUUGCACAGUCUUUACUGUGAUUUUUGUUUCUUACAUGCACCAUUCAAAUUUUUACUGAAAACGCAGCUCUUUGGGCGCUCGGGUGGCACAGCAAUAAAACAUGCUAACCCACCCCAUCUCAGCUCUGCUAUCGGCUGGCUAUGUAUUGGAGAGUAGUGUGUGACUCUGCAUACUGAUCCCUGUUAACCUGUUAACCUGAUUUGUGCAAGUGAAAAGAAGCGCCUGGCUUAUACACACACGUUUGAUGGGGCUGUGUGUUAAGUACAGCCCUCCUCAGUCAGGGUAGGGUCUAGGGUCUAUGACUAGAUUAUGAGAAAAGGGAAUAAAUGCAUUAAUUUUGUAUACUAUUUGAAGAAAAAAAGUAUCUGAAAGAAAUGCUAGCUGUCAUUAAUUAAGCCUAAAACAAUCUUCUAUACCACUGGUCAAAGAAAUAGAAACCACACUUGUGUGGCACAACCAGCAAAUAUAAAAGCCUGUUUUUGAUGGAUGCCGAAAAAGUCCUUCUGUACCUAACUUUUGUCCGAAUUUAAAUUAGUUUUAAACCUACAUUUUUGUUUUAUCUUGUAAAUAUAGUCCACUGAUGUUGAAUAUGUUUUUGUUUUGUGUCUUACACAAUUUAAUGUGUACCAUGCAUCAUCUAAACACAAUCUCUAUCAUAAAAUAUUUAGCUUUUAGUUCUGGUUCAGCAUUUGCUGACUUUCGGUUAUGUGGAUAGGACUAGAACUGAGCGGAGAACGAUUCUGUUUUGUAGAUCUGGAUAAAAGAAAUAAAUUUCACUGUGAAUGUUUUUUUUUUUUCUGCCAGCACAAUAAUCCUUCCCGACAUUAGUGGACACAUUAUGUACAGAAAAGUUGGUAAUAAAUUUGCAGUCAUAUUUCUUCCUAAGAGAUGAACGUUCUCCUUUCUCACCUUUAUGCUAAAGAUCUCGAGUGCUCACGUCUCACUGCUUGUUUUUAAUGUAUUGUUUUACGAUAGUCUUGUAACAUUUCUACUGAUUAAUAUUAGCUUUGUAAAUAUCUAUUUUUUUAGUCAUCCGGCGCGGUCAGUAGGAUGUCUCGAUGUUGUCCAGCUCUUAGUUUCCUUCAUGUGCAUUCAUGUAUUUCUGUGUAGUUUCAUCAGGAGUGGUGUGGUACUCUAGUAAAACUCUGCUAAUGCAUUUAAACCUGAAUUAGUCUGGUGUGAUGACCGGUUUGAAGGGGUAUUGAGGUUUAGUGUACAUAACUGGUGUCGUUUUUAUAGUUACAAUGAGAGGUGUCUUGCAUUUAAAUCUUAACAUGUAUAAAGACACGUUAAUGUGAGAGUUUCAUGGCAAGCUGUUUACUUUUGUUUUUUUCCACAUUGUUGAGGUUAUAUGAAGUUGAUGUUUCUCAUUUUGUCUUUAUUAUUCCUUUACUGCUUUCCCUGUCAAUAGUACACAUGUACUGUAAUGUUCAUACAUUUUCCCUUUUAUGGAUCAGUUGAACAUCGGCUUUUUUAACUAAAAUCUGUCUUUUCAGAUAUUUUAUUUCCAUUCAUACUCUCAUAAAAAGGGUGCUAAACUGGGGUUAAGUUCAGGGCAUCAAGUAUGAAAAAAUUAUCGUUUUCCUCGUAUAAAUAUUCUAAAAAAGGAAGUAAAACUGGCACCAUCAACAAAUGAAUACUGCCUCAAGUAAACACUUGAUAAAUACUGUGGAAUAAUUAAUUGGCAUUCCUAAAGUUCAUAGAAAUUGAUGAUUAUUACUUACAAACGCUUUAUCUGGAUCUAAAAUUAAACAUGCCUGCAAGCCAGUAGAAUUGAUUGACGACAUGCAAUUCUACUACUUUACCUGCAGAUGUCGCCAAAACAGCAACGAAGCAAGUUGACAUCUGGUGACAUCUACUGGUAAACAGUAGAUUUGGCAUGUUUAUGUGAAAAACUGCUGGGUUUUGCAACAAGAUUUGUUCCAAAGAAACCUUUGUAUGAUGAAACCAAAUACCCUAUUAAUGCUUAGUAUAGUUGCUACUUAACCAUGUUGAUACUUAACCAUGGUGGUGUACUCUAGGCCAAGUCCAUUAUACUAUUAGAGAAUCAGCCUUGUGGUCGACCACUUAAAUUAGUGUUCGCUAAAGACUCCUGUUGUACCUUUCAAUACAAAAAUUUCCAUCAGCUUAAGAAUGGAAAAUGUCCCAGCAUGGUACCGUUUCUUUUCUGGCAGUGCCUUGGAUACUGUGACUGUAAAGUCUGAUAACCAGUACCAGAGUAAAAAACGACAGCUUAAUUUGCGGCUAUUUAUUUUCUUCUAAAGUUGCUGUUGGCCGCCUUCUAUUUCAAAUGAUUGGGUUGUGCUUAAAAAGGGUAAGAUUAUAAAAUACUGUAAAUGAAAUGGAAAAUGUUCAGGCAGACCAGUACAUCUAAAACUGUUCAUUUUUAAUUUUGUAAUUCAAGGCCAAUUAAACAUUGCAAUGUUAUGUGUUGAUCUUGUGAUGACCUCUGUCUUAGGUGUGUGACCUCUUUCCAGUAUAUCCAUUUCCUGUGUUUGUCUUGGAUUAAACAACACUGUUCCUCUCAGGGUUUAUUUUCUAUCUGUAACACCAUUUAUGAUGGAAUUCAACAUUACAAAGCAUCACUUGUAUGUCACGUGUACACUGUCACCACUUUAAAGACAUUUGUAAAUUCAAUCCAUGGCAUCUUGGUUAUCGGACACAUUGGUUUUGUGUAAGCCAGCUGAUGUCUCUCACCGUCUGUUUUUUUGAAAGCUCAAUUUUUCAAACAAGCUUAAUUAAAGAAUAUUUUUUAAAGUUG